AUGGGGUCUAAUAUGUUAUUAGAUAUUUUUGUUAAACUUGAUGCGACAUGUGGAUCUACAUGUGAUGGAACAUCAGAGAAACCAUUCACAAAUAUCAAAAAUGCUUUGAAUUCGAUUUCUUCAACACAAAAAAAGAUUUCAACAAUCAGUAUAUAUGCCGGUACAUAUACUGGAGUACAAAAUAUUGGUGUUGAAAUUAAAAAAGGAGUAAAAAUUAAAUCAAUACCAGGACAAGAAGUUACUAUUGAUUGUCAAAAGGUUGGAUUUGCUUUCUCGGUAAUAGAUGUACAAGAAUUUUCUUUGAGUGGUGUCACAAUAAAAGAUUGUUCUGCUUCAAAAGGAGGUGCUAUGAGAAUAAUAAAUUCCAAAACAACAAUAACCAAUACUAAUUUCAAAGGAAAUAUUGCUUCUGUUGGUGGUGCAAUCUACUCAAAGUCAAGUAAAAAUGUGAUUUAUGAAUCAAAAUUUACUGAGAAUGUUGCUUUGGAAACUGGAUCCGCAAUCCACUCAAUUUCAUCUGAUAUUAGAAUUCUAUCAACAACACAAUUCACGGAUGUUAAUGGUGCCAAAACAAUUUUUAUUUCGUGCAAAAACUCGAGCAUCAAACUUGAUGAUGCAGUUACCAUCGAUAGCUAUAUCGCAUGUGAUGAAGGAUGUAUCACCAAACAUAAAUCAAAAUCAUAUUGUAAUACUGCUAUUGAUACAUGUUCAUUUACUGGCGUAAUUCCAAGUAUUGUUGACGAUACAACAAUUUACACCACAGGAAUGUUAUAUGAAGCAUAUUUUAAUGAUCUAAAACCAAGUAGUCUUUUAUUCAAAAAGAUUAUUCCAGACAAUACAAUUGAAGACUUCUUGAUUGGCCAUGAUGGAAAGGUUUAUGGUGUUUUAACAGGAUAUUUACACAUGGAUAAUUCAAUGAAAGUUAAAUUCAGAUUUGAAGGAAAGAAUCUUGGAUUCACUUUGAAGAUCAAUGGUGUCAAAUAUUUGGAUGUUACUCAAACUAAUAAUUUUGAUUUCCCUUUUGAAAUCUAUUUAGUUUCUGGAGUUUCCCAUCAAAUUCAAAUUAUUUUGAAUUCAGAUACAACUGGAAUUGGUCGUUCAUUCAAAUUGUAUCAAAUCUCACAUGAUUACAGAAUAUUCUACACUGAACAAAUUUGUGGUGAUGGUGUUCAAGAUGAUUUGGAUUAUUGUAUUGAAGAUUCAUAUGAUAUUUUUAAUCCGUCAAAUCCGUCAUCCGAUAGAGUUUGUGGUGAAGAAAAUAUUCACAUGAACUUCCAAGAUUGUUUCAAUGAAAUAUCACAAAAUUGUGAGAUUCCAAAGAAGAAAGAUCAUAUCAGUCCUCUUGGAAAUGUUGGUGGAAUGAUUGGUGAUCUUGUUGAGAAUCAAUAUCUUUGGAAUGUUCCAGGAUCUGAACAUUUCACUUAUGGAAUGAAUAUUCUCAGUGGUCAACAAUCGAAAGCACCAGUAUUCCAAUUUGAUUAUUGUGUUGAAGUUGCCAACAAUAUUCUUGAAGAUCCAUACAGAAUGAUGGCAUAUGAAAUCCCACCAUCAUUGAAUAUCAAAUCUCUUCCAAUUUGCACAUAUACUACACAUACCAAAAUGUAUAAUUCAUAUUCUGAAUUUCAAAAAGAAUAUCAAAUUGAUGGUGGUUUAGAAGCUUCAGGAGAUUUCAAAGAAGAAUUGAUCGAUUUCAAAGGUGGAUUCUCACUUGAUGGAUCAAUUGGAGCAGCAAGAGAUCAAUCACAAUCAUCAACAAAAAAUGUUUUUGUGACUCAAGUUAAUUGUACAACAACAUACAUUGAGAUGGAUGAUCAAAGAAUCAGAUUCCAUCCAAUGUUCUUGAAAGAUCUUGCAACAAUCAAACAAAAAUCAGAUCUUUUGAAAAUAUUUGAUAAAUAUGGAACAUAUUAUUAUUCAAGUGCAUAUAUGGGUGGAAAGUUGGUUCAAAUUUCAACAACUUCUGAAAGUAUUGACACUGAUGAAAAGAAAAGUAAAUGGAGUAUUGCUGCUGAAUUAAAAUUAGGUGCUGAUGUUGAAAUCCCAGGUUUUGAAGGAGGAGGUAGUAAUAGAUUCAACUUGGGAUUGUCAUCAGAUGAAGAAACCUAUAGUGAAAUUCAAAGAAAAUCAACAUAUUCAAGUAUCAUCACAUAUGGCGGACCACCUGCAGCAUUCGCACCAUCUGAUAGUUUUGUACCCCCAUCUUUUCAUGGAUGGUCAUCCUCAAUUGAUCUAUUACCAGUUCCAAUUGGAUUCAAAGUCAAACCAAUCAGAGAUUUACUCAAAGAUACAUGGGCUAUCAAACUUGGAUCAACAGAAUACAAAGUUGCUCAGCUUUGGAAAGAAAUGGAGAAAGUCUAUUAUCAAAUCAAUCGUGUAAAUCCAAUUCCACUCCCUGGUGAUUACAAAUAUUCUUUAAUUUUUGAUUUCCAAAGUACUGAUGACCUUCCUCCUACACCUCUUCCAAAAUACAUCUUGUCAAUUGAUUGGUAUAGUUUUGGUGAAAAGAAAUCUUUUUCAACAAGAAUCAGAUUUGUACACUAUGAACCAUCCGGAGCUCAAUCUGAAUAUUUAUUCCCAACCAAAGGAAGCUCAAAUCCCUUAUGUAUUGAUAAUCCCCAGGUAUCAUUUUCUGAUGGAACUAUAUCAAGUAAAACAUGUGACUCAACAAUUGAUGGUGCUACAACAACAUUCAGAUUUGAUUUCUAUGGUCCCAAUUUUAUGGCAAGCACUAAACCCCCAGAAAUCUACAUUGAUGGACUUGAUAAUAUUGGUACUUCAACACUUAUUUCAUGGUAUACUGGUGAAGCUAUUAAGUUGUCUCGAACAACAGGUGAAGCAAAUGUUUUGCAAGGAUUUUCAGCUUAUGCAACAAGAUCAUUGAUUCAAUUUGAAGCUGCCCGUACAUCAUUAAUUUCAGCUUCAUCCAACAUUGGUGAUAUUGGAUUUUAUAUUGGAGCAAGUGGAAGCUCAAGAGAUGGUCCAAUACUUGAUUACAGAUAUACAAUUGACAAAGGAAUGAAAAAGGACUUCAAUUUCUAUAAUAGAUUCACCAAAGAUUUUGUAUUGGAUACUCAGAAGUAUGAACCGGUUACUAAAUUCUACACCUAUCCUUAUAACAUAAUAGGAACAACUCAAUUCAGAGUAGAUUACCUUUUGUAUAUUGCCAACAACCAAGACAAAACUAAUUGGAAAUCAAAAGUAUACUAUUACCAUAUUAUAGAGAAUCCAGAACAACAAGAAUAUUUGCUCGGACAUGUUAAUACCUUCUACAAUUUAAAGCCGCUCACCAAAGAUAUUCCAUCAAAAUGGUUUUCAUUCACAAACUACAACCAUAAAUCAAUCGGUGGAAUUGGAGCAGUAACAGAUCCAUUCAACUUUAAUGCACCGGAUCGUGCUGUGGAUUUCUGGGAAUACUCUUAA